AAGGGGACGGAAUUGAAGAAAAGUUAAAUCUCAACAGACUUAGCAGUUGAGCAGUUUCAGUCAAAGAGCAAACAUGAAAAUUUUCGGUGCUAUCGCUGUCCUGGUUUUAGGAGUUGUUUCAUUGUCUUCGGCUGCUAACAUCAAUUUAAUGGAUGGCGAAACUGGAUUAAGGCGUGCAUUCAAGUGGAUUAGUUCUGAAUGGGACGAAUUAGUGGAUGAUGUGAAAAAUGGAACCGUCCCAAAAGAAGUUGUUAUGACUGCCAAACCAACGACCAAAAACCCCACUGAAACUAUCAUUGACAAAAGAUCAGUAGAGCCAACUUUAAACACCUCAACCAAACCAAUUAAAACACGAGUAAUCCGACCAACAGUGGAAUGGACUGAAAAGCCAACGAAAAAACCAAUCGGAAAACCAGUUGGAAAACUAACGGAAACGUAUGUAGUUGAAAAUGGCACAGUGGUGACCAAAUUAACUGUAAAGCCAACUGUAACGCCUACUGAAAAGCCAACAGGCAAACCGAUCACAACCACAACCAAAAAACUCAUGACUGUUUAAGUUAAGGGAGCCGACACGUGAUGGUUUAGGGUUUUUUUGAAAAUGAUGUAACUCAUUGCCCGAUCAUGAAUAAAACAUCUUCAAAAUAAAAA